UAAUCACGCGCGCUUGGGACGCUGAAGGGGAAAUACAAGACAUGAUUAGUGUACAUGCUCCAGACCGCUCCUGGAGCCUCGCUGGAAGUGCUGUUAAGUUCUAGAUAUAUUUACAUAUCGCUUGGACACACAAACAACCGUGUAUUUAUCUUCCGAACGACCUUGUGCGAAAAUGGCAGUGGUGUAGUUCCUUGUGGCAUCUUAAUGCCAGGUCAAACACAUUUGUGUGUUUAUGAACCUACGAAACUUUGCAUCGCAGCCAAACGAAACAUUACAAAUAUUGGAACAGCAAGGAAAAAAAAUAGCAAUCUAGAACAAAGAUAAAAUAAAAACAGCAACUUAUCAAUAAGUGUGGUGACUACAGCAUGUGUAACGGGAUCGAACCCCAGCGCUUCUGAGUGGACCUCCGGUGGAACAGCAUCCUACCCGACACCAUGAAGGCGAUCCCUUACACCCCGAUGCUCCUGAUCCUCCUCCUUCUACGAGCGACGUCGUGGGUGAGAGGGCAGGAUCAGGACUCAGCGUUCCAGGACUCCACAUUCCAUCACAUCUCUGGCACCGCCCUGCCCUUUGUCUUCCCCAGCUUCCCUACAUUUUCCCCAGCCGCACCGAAGGCCUCCCCGAAUCACGGCGCCCCUUUCACCGGGAGCCUUCAGGCCAAUGGGAAUCCUUCUCGUGUUAGUAUCGGUAACCCCAAUGAAAAGCCGAUAGUUACAGAUCAUUUCCAGGGUCCAGCUACUGGUAUCCCGCUGGAUAUUGGUCUAAGUGCCCUUAGUCAACCAUCAAACCUUCCAGCAUUCCCCAAGUCUUCGUCAGCCUCUCCUGUUGGAGAAGACCUUCAGAGUGCGGGAGACGAUAUUUUUAAUGCUUCGGAAGAUCUCGUCAACACAAACGAUGAUGUUAAAAAAGAUGUCCUUGAUCCAGCGGCAGAGUUCCUUCAGGCAGCCUCCACAACACAAGCGACUCAAUCAUCACUAACUACAACACCACCACCAUCAACAACAACAAGUCCAAGUACCUUUUCAAGUACAACAGAGGCGUCAACACCACCACCACCAACAACAGAGCUCUCUUCAACAUCAACAACAGAGGUCUCCUCAGCACCACCAACAACAGAGUCCUCCGUAACACCACCAACUUCCACAACAUCAACAACUGUUACAAUAGAAGUGGAAACAACUACAACUACAACUCCUGAACCAUCUACUACAACUAAAUCUCCUAAAAUAUUCCCGGGGACGCUCAGAAAGAACGAGGAUGCUACUGCAGCUGGGGCCGGGAGUAGUGACGAACUCUUGGGCCAAGCACCACCCUCAGGGUCCCGUGGAUCAUUAGCUUCUCGCCUUAAAAUGUUUGCCACGCGCCGUAGCAGCCCAGGAACACGGCAGGAGAAGAGGAACCCUGACAUCAAAGAUGCUCCUCAGGGCCGACAAUCCCUAAGCUUGGCAGAAAUUCUGGAAGCACGUAAAGCUGCGGCCAGUCGUGGCUCCUCACUCGGCAGUAACCUCGAGCGGCAAGCUGUCCUUCCCCGUCCUAAUUUACAGAAAUUAAAAAAUUCUAUUCGUGCGGGUCAACAAGCGGAGCCUAAAAGUGACCAGGAAAAUGAUUAUGAUCAAAAUAUUGGUCAGGAAGACUCUGAUUACAGCCAGGGCAAUUUUGACCAAAGCAACUUAAGAUCAUCUACUGCGACAACUUCGUCCACGAGAGCGCCGCCAUUUUCUCCUUCACUGUCUGAAAAUCGUCAACGAAAGAGAAGGCCUGAGUUACACUCUACUUCGCAGGCACUCAUGGACCGUCUUCGCAAACUGCGAGAGAUGCGUCUAAAAUCCACCCCAUCCCCAGCCACCUCCACAAUACAACCUCGACGAUCCUCUCCUGAGAAAUCCGAAAAGUCUUUACUUCAGUCAGGCACCGAGGAUUCAACAAAUUCCAGGCAAGAACUCACUACCAGGAACUCGAAUUCUCGCUGGAGACCGAGCCAGAGGAGGACGAGUGAUAACUUCAAACAAAGGUUGAGAAAUCGUGUCUUCACAACCCCUACCCCGGGUGAUAACACCACGGAUGGCACCCAGGAGAACAACGGCACAGCGGUGUUGAACUCUUCGGUACCCUUCACCACCAGAAAACCAUUCAGUCUAAUACAGAUUUUAACCACCACGAAGCCUCCCACUUUUCGAGAAAGAUUUAAUGAAUUCAGAAAGUCAAACAGAUUUAUACCAAAAAACAGACGAAGAACAGCUUCCCUGGUGACGUCCACCACACCGUUGAACACAGCAACAACGGGAGACGACCACAGCACCAUACAAGACCCUGACUACGACGAUGUCACUGAGCAAACCCCUGUUUUCCAUGAAGUCACCGAGGCUACUAUUACACCUGCACCCAUUAAGCGCACUCCCAUAACAUUUGCACCCAUUAAGCGCACUCCAAUAACAUUUGCACCCAUUAAGCGCACUCCAAUAACAUUUGCACCCAUUAAGCAGAAUCCUGUUACACCUGCAAUCAGUUGGCUCACUUCCACUAAGCGUACUCCUGUUCGAACUGCAUUCACAGAAUCAACAGCUUUGUCCAAAGUGCAACAAAUCCGGGAGAGGAUUGCUGCAAUGUUGAGUUCCAGGGGACUCUCCAAAAUCACAACAACUGAGGAAGUUAUAUCAAUUUUGGAGGAAGUAACAGAGAGACCACUGAUCAGCGAAACCAGAGACUCGUCCUUACAAUCACCUGCUCACUUCGGUGUUACCUCCAACCCGGUGGUGUCCAUCCGAAUUUCAGAUGUAGACAGCACCUCCAGAAAAAUUCCUCUUGACCAUCUUUUGUCAUCAAUCAUAGACGCAAUAAGUACUUCAGAACUGCCCGCUACCACUCAAGACUACACCUCGUCUGAUGCCCCCAGCUCCUCCACAAAGGCCGACCACGACACAGUGUUCUUUGCCCCAAAAGAGUCUAGAACACCGUCAGAACCGGUUUCAGUUGUAUCUUUAUCAAUGAGCACUUCUAAUGACUCCACUUCAAAUCCAACUCCCCAAAAAGUCUUUACAGAUUAUGAAGAGACAAGUGAUUUUGACAUUGUAACAACUAUUCAACGUACGACGCAAGAAGCCUCAACGGAAGCUCCGGUCCAAGAAGUAAACACAGACGUGAAUGAGUCUGGUCUUGGACUGGGAGAAGACUCUGUGCAACCAUUCAUCCCUCUGCCUGAUGCCACAACAUCAUCAACAACGGUUCCUCCAAGAACUGCUGGUUUUCUGAUGAGCACCAACGGGGCGACCACCACAACACAAGCACCAUCACCAACCUUAACCACCACAACACAAACACUAACAUCGUCAACAACAACAACAACAACAGAACCCCCACCACCACCAACAACAGAACCAACAACUACAACAGUUCUAACACCAUCAGCCACAACACAGUCACCAGACGACGUCACAUCUGGUGAUGCCCACAUUCAGGACCUGAUCUCCACGUUGAUCUCUCAAAGAGUCAUCACAAAAAUCAGAGAAACAGCAAACCAAUCAAAACACAAUAUACCAACCGACGCUCAGGCAGUGGGAACAACUCCUGAAGAAGAAGAAGUUGUUACAACCCUGGGAACAUCAACAGAAGCCCUGACGUCCAAUAACAACGAUGGGAAAACAACAAUUUUCCUGGAAUUUGAUACCGCAACAUCUGAUACCGGUUCAGCCAUCGGCUUUGGUAAGAGUGACGACGCUUCGGACGCAGUGAGGACACUGGAGGAAAGUGAAAACCUGGCGACAAGUUGGAUACCCGCAACGACGACAUUUACGCCCCCAACGCAGAGGAGUCUCACAACCUCUACAUUGUCAUCGCAUUUCAGAAUCCCACUGUGGCCCAACAGAUCACCCACAAAUGCACCCAUCCAAAGAUCUAACAAAUUUCCUUUCUCUAACAACCCUCUGGUAUCGACGGUGAAGAUGAUAGAUACCACAACCAGGUUCAACCAUAGAGCAUCAGAAGUGGUGACUGACAUGCCAACCACAACACCGAUCACACAAAGCCAAGAUGACACUUUACUUGACUACGAUCACUUUGAGAUUUCAUCUGCAGUUCGAGUCACAGAACCGUCUCCCCUGCCGGAGAUCACAUCAGGUGAUGAGAAUGAGGUUGAUAUUUUUCAUUCCAUGGAUAAUUUCCAAACGUUGAAACGCGGCUUUGACAGAACAUCUACUCGGCCUGAACUUGCAGCUUUGAAUCACGUUCUUGGUAUCACUUUGACCACAACCACAGAGCAAGCCGAUCUAUCAGAGAUUAAUCUUGAGAAACCCGAAGUAUCGCAUGACUACAUAUAUGAUGACCUGGAGCCAGCAGCCACGGAGGAGGUCAUCUAUACUACCAGUCAAGGGAUGCCCUCAGCCCUGGGUGUCCAUGGACAGCUGGGAACGGAAACCACUACAGGUGUCUUAGGCAUGGUCACCACUGAAGAAGAUGUACCAACUAUGCUUAACAUGGACGUGGCAUCCCUCACUGUUUCCGAGCCUUCUUGGAAAGUUCUGAACGUUGCUGAAGUUACAGAGUCCUCUGAUAUGGCCAAAGAUCCUUCUUCAACGAAAACAGAGAAUGAAACUAUUGGUGAUUUUCCAAAAACACCCGGAGCCCAAGACGUCCAAUUUAAUUCACGUUUCUCGGAUACUACAGGAUCAGAUGUAAAGCUCUUGUGGCCUAGUUCUUCAAAGGACACCAGAACAGCAGCAGCUUCUACAGGCCAGACCUUCGUCGAUACGUCAGCUGUGCAGGUGUCAGUAUCUCCGACUCCCAGGGAGUUGUCAAUACUCCACCAAACACAUCCCAGCCGUCGUCGUAGCUCACAAGAACAAACCACACAUGCUGGAUUCUCCUUUCCAAUUUCUCGACAUAAAGUAUCUAACGAAAAUAUCACCAGCACUUCUGAAGGGUCUUCAAGUCCCGCCACAGGUUUCUUAAAUUCGGCAGAGCGGGAAAAAUUUCAUCAUCAGCGACUCAUGCGAGACCGAGGAAGAGUCAGAGAGGGACCGACGUUCAGACCGAACCUAUCUCAGCGGAGAGCUAAUUUUGUUCCUCUUGAACAGCUGAGAUCCACAUCAGAAAGUCCCUCAACGACAACCUCCAAUGGCAAAUUGAGUCUCAGUGAACUCAUCAGUCAAAGAAAUUCACAAGAGAAGAUCACUCGAACGCCCACAGUUAGGACAACUGAAGCUCAAACCUCAUUUGGCAGUAAUUUUACUUGGCAUAACAAUACCCUGCAGCAUCCUCCAGUCAACACACGGCUUAACCACACUACCAUCACCGCAACGCCGGCUACACAAACUCAAACGCAAGCUACAGCUUUACCAAAUGCCGAUAACCCUGAUGCUAAAGACUCCAAUAAGGCUUUAUUGAGGUUUUUGGCUUUAAACAGACAGGCGUUAAAAUUAUUGGCUGCCAAGAAAAACGCAUCCGCCUCAGUUCCUCAAGACACCACAGAGACGCCCACAUCUGACCACUUCACUACCACAUCGGAGAUACCCUUAAGUCACAGCUUCACUACCACAUCGGAGAGUUCUAUAAGGCACAGCUUCACUACCACAACGGAGAGUCCUAUAAGGCACAGCUUCACUACCACAACGGAGAGUCCUAUAAGGCACAGCUUCACUACCACAACGGAGAGACCUAUAAGUCACAGCUUCACUACCACAACGGAGACACCCAUAAGUCACAGCUUCACUACCACAACGGAGACACCCAUAAGUAACAGCUUCACUACUGCCAGGAUAACAAGCACAACUGGCAGCUUCACUACUGACUUGCCAGAGACAACAACUGAGUCCAUGCCGACAACUACAACUAGAUUUCAGAGUGUUACACACAGAGCAAGACCUCGACACAGAGUUCCACCUGGUGUGAAAAGUUCAACGAGAAUUUCUGAGGUAAUUCCUCAAGGGAGAGUAAGAAAUCCAGUUACUUCAGACAGUUUGAACUCACAAGUAAUCAGUGGAGGCCGUCCAACGUCUUUCCUGAGGCCUGUUCCUUCACCCAGGCCAUUCAGCGUUAUGUUUAAUGAUCCCUCGGCACAGAGCGAGGAUCUAACAUUCACACUGCCGGAGGAUGAAGCUUUCUCACACGCGUCUCACUCAUCCAUUAGGCUCGCAAGUCUUCCUCCCAGGUUCCGCGUCCCUCAGACCAAUCGCUCACUAGUUCCUCCUAAUUUCCAGACAGGACAUCCUAUACCUCCCACGAGGUUCUCGACUUCUCAGCCACCACAGGAAAUUCGUCCAAGAAUACACGUCCCUCUUUCGCCUACACCUCGCCCAAUGAGGAUCAAAGAAGUCGCAGCUGGAAGACAUCACGAAACAAGACGUCCAUCGCUGUUAAUUCCCUUGACGACAAUAGAAUCAAACUCAAAAGAAAGCAUCACUCUGCCGCAAGAUACAGUUGAGGACAAAACGAGAAGAACAACAAAGUUUUUUAAAACAAAACAACAGGAAUUGGAAGCUGCAACGACUACGUCACCAGGUGAAGAUGAAGUCACUACUUUAGCAUCUCUCUUAAACACACAAAGAGUUCAACAAGAGAGAUUUAAUUUUCAAGAGAGAAUUACUACAUUUAGGCCAACGACAACACAAAUUCCAGAAACAACGACACCACUCGACGACGUUAUUUUUGGCCCACUUAUUACUGUAGGUGAGGUAGAGAGCACGACUUUCCCACAAAACUUUGAUGAUACGUCAACUUUUACAGACCUUGAUGAAACUACAAGAAGUUUAAUUGAUAAAACUUUAACUUUUCAGUCAGGCAGGACGACCAUCUCGACAACAGAGGGCAUGACAUCGGCUCACGUUCCUCCACCUUUCAACUUCUUGAGGAAACAAGGAAUAAAAUCUCCAACUAUCACGACCCUAAGAUCGUCCCAAUCAUUCAUUCCACGAGAAACAACCCAAGUAUUCCCACACAAGGAAUUUGGGCGUUCUCACCACUCUACAACAUUCAAACCCCGAUCUAGACCCAUAUUUAUUGACCCAGAAACAACAAUCCCACCUGUCACUCCUCUGCUGGAACUAGAGUCACUAGAUCCACCAAGAACAUUCCCAACUGUUGAGGCUGGUAGCUUUGAGACUUCAGCCACAACCAUCUCUCCCAUUUUUUCACCUACAACUUUUUUUGAACCAGAAACUGAAACAACAACUUCACCUAAAUCAGCUUUUGACUUUGGAUCAUCACGGCCUCCAACGUUCAAUUUCCAGCCUCAAAAAAGUUUACUGGAAUCAACUUCAACACAGCAAUCGUUCUUGCCCACUGCGAGGCCUACUGGAGCUAUCUUCAGGGCUCACUCGAGCUUCUCGUCUAGACGACCACCGGUGGACAACAAGCAACCACAGCUGACUACAACUGCCAGGCCUCAACAGACAACCUCGAUUCCUGAUCAAAACGAAGCAUUUUUUGCUGAAGAAGACCCUCCUUGCCAUUUAUGUCAGGGAAGCGAGCCAAAAACAACGACGCUGGAGCCACAAGUUUCUGAAAAUCCAAUAAACACAACGUCCGUCAGUGCCGUAACGCCCAGAAUUAUACUCUUAUUGCCACUCGGGAAUUCGACGAUUUUCUCAGGAAGAGCUCUUCCUUUUCCAAACAUCCCCCCAGAAAGUGCCCUUCCCUUUCCAAGCACCCUCUCAGGAAGCGCAGUUCCCUUUCCAAGAACCCUCUCAGAAAGUUCUCCCACCCAUACAAGCCCCCUCACCAACUUACCACCUGCUGAUAGCUCAGGAGACAGCGGGGUAACAACUCUGCAUCACAAGAAAUCGACAUUUUCCCCAGACGACGGCCUCACCACGGCAACACAACAAAAGGAACUAAUCCAGGUCAAUUCAACCGAAGGUUUUCUCAGCAGGGACUCUCUGGUUCCCCCACCUCCACUGAGGCACAUGAUAACAAAGGGCGUGACUAUCACCUCAGAAGAAGGAAUCAUAUCCAGGAACGUGCUCAUUCUACCACCCACUCAGGAGCAGCAACAGGAACAUCAAACCUCACGACAGCAUCGGACCUUACAGCAUCCUCAAGAAAAUCUUCAAGUAAAACAUGAAAGCUUUCAAACGACACAACAAAACCUUAAAAGUACACAACACAUCUUUGAAGGAACACAUAAGAAUGUAGACGUGGAACAGAGCACAACAGGGAAAGGAAGCUUCCAAAGUGGGGAACAGAACCUACGAGGAGAGCAAAGAGGCUUCCAAGAAGAACAGCAGACCUUUCAGAAAGAACAGAGCCCACAAGGGGUGCCAAAUAAAAUCCUUAAUGGAGAUCAUCAAAAUAUCCAACAAGACCUUCGGAACCACCAGCAGGUUAAUCAGAACUUCAAACAUCAGAACCUUCAGCAGGGUCACCAGAACAUCCAACAAACAACACAUCAGAGCCUAGAUCAAAACCUUCAACAAGGACACCUAAACCUCAACCAAGGAGUUCACCAAAAUAUCCAACAACAAGAUCAUCAAAAUACCCAACAACGAGGUCAUCAAAAUAUUCAUCAGGGAGGAAAUCAAAACUUCCAACAAGAACCACAUCGAAAUCUGCAUAGACCUAAAAUCUUCGAAGUGCAGCAACAGCAGCAGCAGCAGCAACAGCAACAGGAGCAGCAGAACUCGCAAGGAGGGCAGAAAAUAAUUCACGGACAACAGAGUCUUCACAACAAACAGAACUUCCAAGGAACCGAUCAAAUUCUGGAAGAUCACCAGAACAUCAAUGGGAAGCAACACAUAGUGCAGGAUGAAGAUCAGAGGCUUCAGGUUGUGCAGAAAAGCCUCAGUAACAGGCCUCACACAUUCCAACAAAUCCAAGAGACAAAUAUUGGAGGCCAACAAACAUUCCAAGAAGGCAAAAAGACAUUUCAGGAUAGCCAGCAGGUAUUCCAGAAUAGUCAAAGCCAUGGUCGCCAGAGAUUGCAGCCUAAACUAAAGAACCUUCAAGAUGAGCACAAUAUCCAGGAAAGCCAACAGACAAUUCGACACAGACUGCAAAACCCUCAAGAUGAACAAAGUAAUUUCCAGAAAGGUCAAGGGGAGAUCAACCAAAGAGAUCAGAACACUCAUGAACUGCAACAGAAGAAUCACAAUUUUCAACAGACCUUCCAGAAUGGCCAACAAAGGUUCCAAGGACAAGAUAAUCACAGGGGAGAGACAAUCCAAAAUGGGAAACAGGUAAACCUUAGAGGACAACAGAUCACCCAAGGUGGACAGCAGAACAGCCGUAUGGGGCAACAGAGUAGCCACAGAGGCGAACACAGCAGCAGAGGGAGACACAAUAGCAACAGAGGGGAACAUAUCAACAGCAACGGGGAACAGAGGAACAGUAGAGGGGGAGACAAUAGUAACAGCAGAGGAGGAGACAACAAUAACAGAAGUGAACAGAACAACAGCAAUGAUGAACAGAGCAACAGUAGAAGGAAACAGAAUAACGGCAGGGGUGAACAAAUAAAUAGAAACGGAAAUCAAAGCAACCUCAGAGGGCAACAGAGGACGUCUGGAGGCCAAACCCAUCAACCCGGGUCUCAGCAACACCUCCCAAGAACCCAGCAGAACCUCUCCAGCUCCCAGCAGAACCUCCCAAGGACCCAACAGCACUUCCCUGGACGACGACCAUCAGCACACCAUUCGGGGUCGAGGGGUCGCAUGGGUCACUUCGUCAACAAAGCCGCCGGCUUUAUUGCUGGCCCAGCCGAUGCCAUCAUCACCGGCUUUGGGAGCAGCAACGGGGAAAGCUUUCCUACGGGCGUGGCUAGCAGUCAACCUUCCUCCUCAUCCUUUUCGUCGGCUCAGGGCGCGCUAGGGAAGGCAGGAGACAGAGGUGGGGCAGAGCCCAUGGAGAACGACCCGGACGGUGACAAGAUACCAGGGCGAGGCGGCGUGGACUACCCCGGACUGGAGAGGAUCCCAGAGACCGGCUUCCUCUGCACCCCGAGCUUGUUCAAGUCCACCAAGAUGUUCGCCGACCCGGAGACGUCUUGCCAGGUGUACCACGUGUGCAGCGGUCAUCAGAAGUUCUCCUUCCUGUGUCCCAAAGGAACCAUCUUCCACCAGAACACGCAAGUCUGCCAGUGGUGGUUCACGGUGGACUGCGAGCAGCAGGCGCAGAAGCUGGCGGAGGUGCGGGCUAGCGACGGCUGAAGACCAGGUCACAGAACCUGUUGAAGACUUAUCAAGACUCCAGCGUGGGAUGGGUUACACGCACUCACAGAUGUAGCAAAGAACGUCCCGCUUAGACUUCGCGAUGUGAACGUUGGGCAAACAGACAAAGAUAAAUAUUUUCACAAAGUGAAGAGGGGUGAGAGAGUGCGUGUGUGUGUUUGCGUGCAUGUGUGUGCAGGUAAAGAGAGUGAGGAAGCCAAAUAUGACUGUUGGAGACACGGUUCAUCAUGCUCACAGUCAGCCACAGUCCACUCAACAUUUGCCACGAAGUGAUCUUAACUCAAGGAAAAUUUAGCGUAUAAGAGACUCGCUGGAAGAGAUGCUUCUUGUUAAUGUUUAUUAGUUUUCUUUCUCCUUAUCGGAAAGCUGCAUAUAACGAAAAGACUAUGUGAGUAUAUUAUAGUUUAAUGACGGUGGUAUCUGAGACAAUUCCCAUUAUUGGAAAUAAACAAAAAAUGGCUUAAUUUUUGUAUCUUACAUGAUACCAGGACAUCACUCUCGUGAACUGAUGUAUCACUUUUAAGGGAAAUAAAUCCUGAGUCUGAAGCCUGAAGAACAAUGCGAAGUUCGUUAGAAUAGUGAAUACGUUCGCUUCAGCAGACAAGACUUUUGCCAGAACAGAGCAGCACCUCACUGUAAGAAGCCUUCAGUGUUGGUGUCUACCCCUGCAACACACCAGUUCCCAGUGGCUGGGUUAGACGGCAACAAUAUUGCAAAACAACCAGUGUUCCCAUGAACCCAAGACAUAGUUGUGUUGGAAGCGCCACCUCCGGAGGUGGAGUUGUUCCUUGGACUCGAGUGAGCGUGACAGGACUGGUAGGAGCUCCGUGCUCCUUGUGAACUUGCUCUGUUUUUGGUGUCAAUAUGUUUACAAAUUGUUUCUUAGAGUCUCCUCGGCGCUAACCAGCGUCUACAUGUGCCUUUAUUAUUAAUGAUUCGUGGCUGCCUUCUGUUGAGGCCCUCCUUGACAAAACUGUAAAUAAAUCUAGUUAUAUAUAUAUAUAUAUAUAUAUAUAUAUAUAUAUAUAUAUAUAUAUAUAUAUAUAUAUAUAUAUACUUAUUAUGUAAAGAAACACAAACUUGAAAGUAGACUUUAUUUAGACGUCACCUACUUACAGAAUAAAAUCAUAUCUACUAAUGUAAUCUACUCUUAUAUCUACCAAUAAAGUCUACUAUCAACUGGGUGCUUCUAUACAUGAAUGUGAGCCCUGUAUUCUGUAUUCACACACACACACACACACACACACACACACACACACACACACACAAGCACACGCACACGCACACGCACACGCACACGCACACGCACACACACACACACACACACACACACACACACACACACGAUCAGCCCACUCGCACCACCUGACAUGCGUCAAAUAUGAAGCGGUUUUGGCCCUAAUCAGGAGGGUACGACCCUUAGGUCAGUCUCAGUAACUGGCCUAUCGAGGCUGAUGCUCAUUAGUCCGUGGAACUGCGUCAAUUUCGCGGUACUUCUAAUUUGACGAAAGCGUUGGAAUUUUUGACGCUGUGGUUAAUAGCAUUCAAAUUACUGUGCGUUAAGAUGUAAGAACAGCCCAACUUGCCCUUGAACGCACUCUAUUUUUUUUAAGCAAUUAACCUCGGCGUAAAAAUUGUAGUGGUUUAAGGAAAUUAUAAACACCGCAAUAUUGACGCUUCCUGGGUUUACUGAGUACUGUCCUGGUUUGGCUAAACCACUGCAUAUUUUACGGUGGGGAAUGGGGAAAACGGACCCAUGAACUAGUGGCAUCUUGGACAAGAUUCAUAGUGUGUGUGUGUGUGUGUGUGUGUGUGUGUGUGUGUGUGUGUGUGUGUGUGUGUGUGUGUGUGUGUGUGUGUGUGUGUGUGUGUGU